AUGUCAAGCAUCGGCAAAAAGUCCCUGUUGACGCUAUGCAAUAUUUUGAGUCUGGGGUCGCUGGCCAUGUUUGCUUGCGGCUUCUUUGGUGCCAAGCCAUACCUCACCGAUCUUAAGGAAUCUGGUAUGUACCAGUUGGAUAUUCCUAAUUCGCCGACGUCGGUACCUUUUGACAAAAUUGUGUUUAUGGUUGUCGAUGCACUCCGGAGCGAUUUCGUUUACUCGGAGAACUCGGGGUUCUCCUUUACGCGUAGUCUUGUUCAAUCUGGUGAGGCUUUGCCGUUUACAAUGGAAGCGACCAGUCCCACUUUCACAAGGCUGUGUAUCCAGUCCAUGACAGUCGGUGCCAGCCCUGCAUUCUCAGAGGUCUUCUCAAACACCCAAAGGCUGGUGAAAGGAGAAUCAGAUCGUAUCGUCGAGAGUUGGCUUGGCCACCUCAAGGCGACAGGUCGUGGAAAAAUGACGUUUUCUGGUGAGGAAAACUGGCUGAAUCUCUUUCCCAAAAUGUUUGAUCGGAGUGAAGGCUACGGGAGUCAUUUCCUUCCUGAUUUUACUUCUAUAGAUCCUGCAGUUGCUAUGUUCAUUGAUAAAGAGCUAAAAAACGAUGACUGGAGUGGACUAGUUGUACACUUUCCGGGAAUUGACCACCUUGCACACAUGGGCGGCGCGUACAGUCCAUACAUGCAAGCUAAGCAGCGAGAGAUGGAUGAUGUAGUAAACAAUGUUUAUCGAUCAAUUCAGAAGGAGCCUCAUCUCAACAAAACAUUGCUGGUACUCCUAGGUGAUCAUGGAAUGAAUGACCUGGGAGAGCACGGAGGGGACUCUGUUGAGGAGCUAUCGACGGCAUUGCUAUUUAUAUCUCCACAGUUACAGGUUCUGCCUUCAGUUUAUGACAGACUUGCUGAAGAAAGGAAGAUCGGCAAUCGCUACCAAUAUUUCAACUCGAUGGGUCAACUGGACAUCGUCCCUACUAUCUCUGGGCUUCUGGGUCUUCCGGUACCACGCGACAAUCUUGGCAGCUUUAUACCCGACUUCCUUCCUUUAUGGAAAACCCCUGAGGAGCGACGGUUGUUGAUUUUACAAAAUAUAAUUCAACUUAGCCAUGGAGUUGCGAAUCAGGAUCAUCAAGUGGAAUGUGAAAACAGCACCCUGACUGUCGACUGCCUGUGGGAGCAUAUCGGCACAUCACGUCGAGGUCACAACGUUGACGAUGAAUUAUCACUUCUGUUCAUGGUAAUCGACAAUCCUGACAUGCAUCUCGUGAGAAAGCAAAAUAACUAA